AUGGCACCAAAAAGAAAACCAACUCAAAUUAUCCAACCACAAAUUAAUACAAUAAUAAAAAAAGUUGAAAAAGAAGAAGAAAAUGAAGAAUUAAAAAAAUCAAAUUAUUUUGAAUUAUUAUUUUGGAAGGUAUUUAGAAAUGGUUAUUUAUUUUCAGAAAUUUUUGAAAAGAUUCAUUCAACAGAAUGGAUAAUUUAUGAAAAGUUUCAACAAUACCAUUUUUUAAAUAGAAUUAAAUUUAAAUAUAUUUUAUCAUUAGAUUUGAUGAUUGAAAAGAAAUUAUUCCAAUUAUUAAAAUGUAAAUUAAUAGCAAAUGAACAAAUUGAAAUUAACAAACAUUCAUUAAACUCUUUUUUAUCAAUUAAAAAUAAUGAUUUUGAAAUUUUCAAUACAUCAUUUAAAGAAUUAUUUCAAUUAUUAUUAAAAAAUAAAAGUAAUGAAUUAUUGUCAUCAUCAUCAUCAUUACCAAUCGUUAAACUAUCAAUAAAAGCAAAUAAUAUAGAAGCAUUGGAAAUAUUGGUGAAUCAACCAUACAAUUAUCAAAUACCAGAAAGUUCAUUACUAUUAGUAGAAUGUAAUUCAUCAACUUUUUCAUUUAUUUUAUCAUCAUAUCAAAAACAAAACAAAAUAGUAUCAGAUGACUUUAAAAAUAAUUUUUUAAACGAGUUAGCUGUAAAUGGUGGUGCCAUUAAUGAUGAUAGUGAAUAUCUUAAAAAGUUAUCAAUACUAUUAGAUAAUUUUCCUGAUUUUUAUAAUUUACCAAAAGAUCCAAACUCAACAACGACGACAAAACCAACUGAAGAAUCUGAAAAAAGAGUUAAAAAAAUAAAAACCAAACAACAAGUUGAUGUUACUGAUUGGAAAAUAAAUAUAAGAAUUAAAAAACUCGAUGAAUUUGAAAUAAUUAAUAAAUUAGCUGAUACUGGAAUCUUUAUCUUUACUAAUCAAUGCCCAUCAUUUGAAAACAUUGAUUCAAAUGAAAAAUUAAUAUGUUUUUUAAAAAUUAUUGGUUUUAAACAAGAAAUGAUAGAUCAUACAAUUUUGGAUAUUAAAUGCAGUAGUAAUAAUAAUAAUAAUAAUAAUAAUGGUACAGAUUUAGAUGAUCAAAAAUUAUUUAAAGAAUUAAGUAAUCAAUUAAUUUUAAAUUCCACUCAACAAUGGUACUUUGGAGAUUUAAUUCUAUGGUAUUUAAAUAAAUAUGAUGAAUUUGAAGAUAUUCAUAUUCGAAAUUUAAAACCUGAAGAUAUUUCAAAAAUAUUAAAAUAUUGUAUUCAAAAUUUUAGUAUAAAUAUUUUAAAUUGGUUUGUAAAGAAUUUUAAUCAUUUAGAUCAUUUUACAAAUGGUGAUGAUAUCAACAAAUCAGAUAAAAAUAAUAGUAAAAGUAAUGAUUUAAAAGAAAUUCAAAAAUCUAAAUAUAUUGAUUUUAUUAGAAUAUAUACAUCACUACAUACUAAAUAUCAUAAUAAAAAGAUAAACGAUUACAUUUUCGAUAAAAAACAUAAGAUUUUAGAAUUUAAUCAAGAUUAUCAACUUGCAAAUAAAUCAAUAUCAUCAAAAUUUAAAGGUUUUAAAACUUUUCCAUUACAUCAUGAAUCUUUAGAUGAAAAACUCAAAUUUGCAAAAGAAAUUUCUCUUGGAAAUAUUGAAAAAUUAAAAACUUUAUCAAUAGAUCAUUUAAAUAAUUACUAUCAAACAUCAGAUUUAUCAAAAUUAUCAAAUGAUCAAUUAUUGAAAGUAUUCAAUUUCCUCAAUGAUAAUGAUAUAUUUAGUAAAUUUAAUAAACAUGGAUUCCUUUCUUUUUUAAAUCAAUUUUUUAAAUGUUAUAAUAAUAAUAAUAAUAAUAAUAAUAAUAAUAAUAAUAAUAAUAAUAAUAAUAAUAAUAAUAAUAAUAAUAAUAAUAAUAAUAAUAAUAAUAAUAAUAAUAAUAACCAACAACAUAAAAAACCAUCAUUAUCUUCAUUGGAUAUUAAAAUUAAUUUUAAUUCAAUAGCAGAAAAUACAAUUCAUUUAUUGUUAAAUUCAAUUGGAUUUUUUUAUGAUAAGGAAAACAGUGAAGAUGAUAAUUAUAUAUUUUUAUGUAAUCCUGAUAAUGUGGAAUUAAUAUUCAAUAAUUUUGAUUUACAUAAUCAUAUUAAACUUUUAGAAUCAAUAGUAAAGAAAAAAGAAAUUAAAAGAGAAAUUUUUAGAAUUAAUUUUAAAGUUUGUACAAAAAAAGAAAUACCAAAUUUUAUUGAAUCAAUUAUUAAAUUUUUGGAAUUGUUUUUUGAGAAAUCUUAUUUAAAUAUUAAAUCAAGUCAAAUAGUUAUUAAAUUUAUAAAUGUUUUAUAUGCAUCAAUUAUUCAAACUAAAUAUAUUUCAAAAGAAAUUGUUAAAAAGGUAUUCAAAUUAUUAACAGAUUAUGCAUUUCCAGUUGAGCAAACUUUAUUUCACUCAUUUUUCUAUCUACAUAUAAAAUCACCCAAAUUUAUUAGAUACAUUUUCGAAAGACCAGGUAUGGAUUAUUUUUUAGAGUGUCUAGGUGGGUCGUAUGAAUCAUAUGAUUGUAAUGAUCCAGAGUCUAUGCAAGCUGGAGGAGAAAAAAAAGAUGAAUACUAUUUCAACAUUAAAAGAUACUUAGAUCCUUCAAUCUUUACAUUUAAUUUCAUUUUUAAUAAUUCAUUUGAUCAUGUAUUGGAAAUGUUGGUAAAUAAAUUAUCACUUACACCAAUUGAUGAAAAGUUAACAUGUGUUGAUGGAUAUGAAAUUGGUGCUCGAAAUUAUUUAAAUGAUAAAUUAAACAAAGAUUUAGAAUAUUUUUUAACAAUAAGAAGAGUAGAUUUAUUUUUCAAACAUUUAGAAUUCAUUCAAUCAUUAUUGGAUAAAGAUGGUUUCAAAGUUGGUGGUUUCCCAAAUAAAGUUGAAACAAAUUUAUUUUCAUCAUCACUUUAUUAUAUUGGCGAUAAUAAUAAUGAAAAUAAUAAAUCCAAUUUUGAUAUUGGUGGCCCAUUCAAAUACUUUAAAAUAUCAGAAAAUGUUAUUGGAAUGGCAAUUUUCAUUUUAAAUUUAAAUCAACUUAAAGAAUUCAUUCAAUUUAAUAAAUAUUAUCCAAGUUUUAUUAAUAUAUUAUUUAAUACUAAAAAUUAUAAUGAAUUAUUUAAAUGUGGUAAUACUUUACCAAAUUUAACAGAAACUUUAGAUUACAUUCUCAAUAAUUAUCAUUACCAAUCAUUUGAUCCUUUCUUUAAUAAAGAUUCUACUUUUAUUUCAAAUAAAUUAGACCAAUCAAAAUUAAUUUCACUAUCAAAAAUGGAAAAAAUCAAAAACAAAAAUAAUAAUAAUAAUAAUUUUCAAAUUAAUAAUUUAUUAUCUUCAAUUAUAAUUUCAAUUCUUUUAAAACCAAAAUAUCAAAAAUUAUACAAAAAUUUCAUUAAAAAUAAUGAAAAUAAAAAAAUAAAUGUCAUCAAUCAAAUUAUUGAUAUUUUUAAUAAAUUAAUUGAAACUAGUCAUCAUAAAGAAGAAGAUGAAGAAAAUGAAGAUGAUGAUGAUGACGAAAAUGAAGAAAAUGGUGUUGAAAAUGAAAAAAUGGAUGAAGAGGAGGAUGAUGAUGAUGAAGAUGUUAAUGAAAAACAUGAUGAAAAUAAAUCAAUGGCUUUAGAAAAAUUAUUUAAAACUGAUAAUAAAUUAAUUGAAAUCAUCAAUGAAAAAUUUUCAAACCAAGUUGAUGAUAAACAAUUCAAAAGAUUAUUUUCUGACUAUAGUUCAUUAGUUAAUAAUCUUGAAGAACAAAUUUUUAAAAGCCAAUUAAAGGAAUGCAACAAAUCCAAUGCUAAUUAA